CUUGAGGUACGCUAAAUCUCUCUGUACCUUAUAUUUUGGGUCUGAAGACCCAGUAGGCACGUUAUCGAUUACCUAGCUCCAGUUUUGAUGCUGAUGUUGUCUAAAAUGGCUUCACACCUCAGCUGGCUUGAGAUGGUAUAAUCGCAACGAAACAGCCAAGCCUGGGUUACGUGUCUAAAUCAAGUGGGCAGGAAGUCUUGAAAAUCUCGGACACUUUGCAGUGGCGAAGGAAGAUGAAAUGCAUGUGUCUGUUGUACCUCUUGCCGAUCGCCUUCUUCAGGUUAACUGAUUCUUGCUGCGUUGAUUCUUCGAGCGGUCUCAAGAGAAAAUGGGAGCUGUGGACACAUCCAAUCUUACGGAAACGUUCGGUGGAUAUCGCUCAAAAACGAUUCCUCACGGCUUUGGGACUUGAAGAUUUUCCAAAGCCGGGACGACAUGUCAUUCCGCACAAAUUUAUGUUGGAAAUAUAUAGAAACUUAUCUCGCGGAAACUACAAAGGGAAUCAAAGUUAUGAUAUGUUGCCGAGUACAGUUGUCGGAAUUGUUGAUCAAGAACGCGGUUAUAAUUUAGCGACCCCGACCAGUCAACAAGUGUUUCAUUUUAACGUUAGCAAAGUGCCUUCUCGGCAAGCUAUUAUCGAUGCCGAGUUACGAGUAUUAAGAUUAGCGACAGUUAAAGAGAAAUCCUUUACUAGUAAGCACGGCACAACUUACAGAGCAAAGCUUUAUGGCAAGCGCAUCACAGACAUGCCAAAUUUAACUCCGUUCGAGCCUUCAUCGCACCACGACCUUCUCGAUUCACUCGAAUUUGACAUUUCUGAUGGCUUAGAAGAAAACUGGAACGUGUUCUCUGUCAAGAAAUCGAUUGAAAAUUGGCAAAAAGCGAGAGAAAAUUUUCACGAGUUAGAGUUACGCGUGGAAUCUGCGCUGAGUGGCGAUCUCAUCCCACCGGAAGAACUGGGGUUUUCUAAAACCGGGCGCCUUUAUAACAAGCACGCUCUCCUCGUGGUAUACGCAGCUGAUCGAAAGUCUCCUGAUCUUAUCCGGAAGCCUGUCUCGAACGAGAACAAAGCCGUAAGUAACGCAAUAUCACCGGGAAAAAGUGUUGACCCAAGACAGGACAAAUACACCUCCGAUCUUGAACACAGCCGGGUACGGCGAGACGCGAGAUCCAAAUCCGGGGGAAACAUGAAGAAGCGGAGCCGAGGAACGAAAUCAAAGCGUCGGCGAAAAAAGGAUUCCUGUCGCAGGAAACCUUUGUAUGUGGAUUUUAACCAGCUGGGCUGGUCUACCUGGGUUAUUGCUCCGAGAGGGUACAGUGCGUAUUUUUGUCAGGGACUUUGCGAGUUUCCUAUAGACAAUCAUUUAAAACCUACUAACCACGCAACAGUACAAACGAUUCUGAACUCUGUGGCUCCUUCACUCGCUCCUCAAGCCUGCUGCUCACCCAAUAAAUUCAGUGCAAUUAGUAUUCUUUUUAUAGAUACAAGUGACAAUAUUGUGUAUAAGAAGUACGAAGAAAUGGUGGUAGAGCGAUGUGGUUGCAAGUGAACCGACGGCAGACAUGCACACGAUGUAGUGAGUGAUAGCCGUUUCUAACCCUCCCAGCUCAGUUACAGGUGCUGAGUUCUCCAUGCUCAGGCAGCUCGCGCGGCUUAAGUAUCACUGUUUUUAUUAAAUCAUCACCUCUCCGGGAGUUUAGCGCUGAAAUUGUGUACUAUUGUCACCAUCCGGCGCUAUUUCAGAGUGUUCUCGAGCUCUUCGCACACUUUCAACACUUGAGAGUACAUUUCCCGCAUAUAUCUUCCACGUUGCGGGGUCAGAAUGUUUCAUGCGCAAGGUCGGGCUGUGUUUACUCAAUUUCUUGAACACCGAGAUGAUUUAGUUUGCAUAAUCCUAUUAAAAUUAUCAACGAUAUUGUUUAUGAACUCCGAUGGAUUCUCUAAGAUGCCUCUGGAUAAACUGACAGCCAGACAAGUCUCUUCCGAAACCACUGAAAAGGACUAAGCUGGCGUAUUUCAGCCGUUUGACGGUGAAACAAUGUUCACAUCCAAAGAUUUUCAUGUAUAUUAACUGUAAUAUCGUCAUAGAUUAUUAUUCCACUCCAGGAGUUUUAUCACCUCUUUAUUUUUAUCAGAUGACAAACGUCUUUUUAUGUCAAAAAUGACUACACAUCAUUAUUAUACUGAAAAGUAUUUAUGCGUAAUUUUCCCUCUCGUAUUUUGUCAAUAAUUUUCAUAGAUAAUGGUUUGUUGGCGUUGGUGAAUCGGCUGCCCAACCAAACAACAAUGACGAAGUUUAUCCAUGAUUAGCGAACAAUCGAUUUCUGCGUUUUAUUACCUUGGUCGAAUGUAAAUACUGAAUAAAUUAUUUAAGACUUCAAAAGGAACGUAGAAAAGGUCCGUGUUGCAAUUGUUGAACUAUUUUUAUCUCCGAAAACGUAGACAGCUCCGUUAGUGUAAUAGAAAUUAUUGUCUAAAAAUAAAACGACGCUUAAUUCAG